GUAGGCUACUGUCCCCAUUUUCUCUUCGUCAUGGCGUCUAAGUUCCCAACAAAGAAGGGUGGAGAGGUAGAGCUUCGUACAAGGAAAGGUCAUGACAUGACCUGGUCAUGUGACAAGCAUGGUGAGCCAAUCAAAUUUUACUGUAAGAAACACAAAAUUCCCAUAUGUCAUCCAUGCGCCACCAAAAAUCACAGCCAGAAACCAUGUGAGCUAGACGACAUCGAGGAUGUUAUCUUCGAAAGGAGAAGACAGCUAGAUGAAAAACGGCCAAAAAUACAGGAACUUCAGAAACAAAUGGAAGCCCUCAAAGCGAAAAUAAAGACUACAUCAACGUCUGGAAGUACUCAUCUUCGGAAAAUUGACAACAACAUUCAAGCUUCAUAUUACGACAAGAUCGAAUCUGUUGGAGAAAAGGAGAACAGGAUGAUUAGGGUUAUUAACGAGGAGGCAGAUGAGGAAAUAAGACUAGUAAAUGAGAAGAGAGAAAAACGGAUCAAAGACUGCAACACUGAGAGAGAAAAGGAGCGACAAAUCAUCAGAGACCAAAAAGCAAAACUUUUAUCAGAUGCAAAGAAAAUCAUCGAAGUUGUUUCUAAGAAGAUCAAAGAUCUUGCUAAUAAGAAUCAGCAUGUAAUAAACACUGUAGAGAACAUUGAAUCAACCAUCAAACGUAUAAACCAACAUGAUGAAACAUUGGUGAAUGAAGCUCCUCAAGUACUUGCAUCUAUUGAUGAAAAUUUAAGUUUUAAUGUUCAUCAAGAUGUUAGCGAUUGUCUUGACCGAAUACAGAAUGAAGUUGAGAGAGUGAAAUUUGUAGAGGGGGAAGUAGGUGGAGAAUACUAUGGUAAAAUUGAUGGGUAUAUCGGUAAAUGGGAAAUUGUCAAGUCAAUUCACAUUCCAUCGGUUGUUAAUUACCUGUGGGUGCGUGGUUUAGUCAGUGAUGAUGAGAUAUGUGUGCGAGACACAGAUAACAAUGACAUGUAUAUUACAAACAUCAACACUCAACACACAGAGAAAGUCAUUGAUGGAGGUGUGUUGAUUACAUCAUAUGCGCCCAUAGACAGUAACGUAAUAGCAUGUGGUAAGAGGAGAGGAUAUUGCACGGGUGACAGGUUGAAUGGAUGCAUCACUCUCUAUGACAGACAAUGGAAGGUGAUUAGAGACAUCAGCAUACCAAGGAAUGGAUACGGUAGUCGUGUGUAUGUUGAUGUUGACAAGGAUGGGAUGAUCAUCGCUGCUCAGUACAAUCAGUCUAAUAUCUACGUCAUCAAUCCUGCUGAUGAUAAGAUAGUAAACACUAUUACGAUGCAGGGUAAGACGGUGAUGGGUGACAUACAAGCCUUGUCAUCAGGUGAUAUCGUUGUGGAGACAGGUUAUAAUGAAUACACUGUCAUCUCACGAUCAGGAGAAGAGAAGGCUGUCAUACACUGUGAUGAGUGGCUAUCGUCACGGUGUCGCGUUGACAAACUGACAGACACACUCUACAUCGCGUACAGGGAUAGAGCGCGUAAGACAUACGCAGUUGAUCAGGUGUCACGUGAUGGUAUCAUCCAGGCAAGGAGGAUCGUGGAAUACGUGAAAUUAGGUCGCCUUCACUAUUUCAGCCCUUGUCUUGUUACUCCUUCUGGUAACCUCGUAGGGUGUGAUGGAGACAAACUUCUUCUCUACAAGAAGACAUUAAUCUUGUAAAUAAUCUAGACUAUCAAAGGAAUCAUAUCGGAUUUGUAAGAGAAAUAUAGACCAGAGAUUUGUUUUCACUUUUACUUCCAUUUCAAUUUACGUCCUUCUAUCUCUAUAUGUACGUGACUACAUUCAUAUACACAUGGCCAUGGUGUGUAUAAUGUCGUAUCAAUCCAUAUCAAAUAGAAAACUGUCGCUAAUGUCCACUCCGUCUAGAUUUAGGUCUGUAAUGAAUGCACUCAGAUCCAAAUGAAUAGUUUACUCGAAACCUGAACAAAAUAAAUGCAAAAUGUGUUAACGAAUUGCCUACUUGAACCAGAUGGUUAUUGUAGAAAGUCUUUUAGAAUGGCUGAAUUCAGUAUUGAACGUGUUAAUAACUUAUUUCUGUGAAGUGAACCCGAUCAUUUACCAAACGACAUUUCGUUCAAUUUCAUUCGAUGUUAUUCUCCUAAUAGUGAUCGGGUUAUUCCUCGAUUAAAAUUGCUCUCAGCUUUUAAGGUAUUUGAUUCGAAUCAAUUCAUCAGGACCCCAUUUCAUAAAAAUGUUGACUAUGAUAGCAACUCAUGCUAAAAUGUCAAUUACCAUGACAACAAUAACGAUUCUGGUUCCUGAUUGGCUGAUCCAAUGAAAUUUGAUAUUCAAACUGGAGUUGUUAUCAUAGCCAGGUUUUAUGAAAUGGUACCCUGGUUGAUUUCAUUGUUUUUUUAGUCUGUGGUAAAAAAAAUAAAAAAAAGAACGGGAAGGGGUCAAAACUGUAUAAAAUUUAAGUUUCGUAAUGUACACAAUCCCCCCUCAUGAAGUUAGAUUAAAAUAAGAUAAAAUCUCGUAAAUAAUGGUGUUUAAUAGGGUUCUUGUUUAGUCUACAUUCAUAUGUCAAUAUAAAGGGAAAGGGAUAAUGUUUCCCGUAUAAUUCUUUUUUUCGCCAAUUAAAUAUUCUCUAGUCAUGUAUAACAAAAUAGGUGAGAUUUUUCUCAAAAAUAUUUAGCACACGGUAUAUUCAUCAUAUUCCUGAAAGUAUUGCAUCAUAUUGCUUAUUUCAAUCAGUGCAUUUUUCUUCGCUUGUACAACUUUUACUUUAUCCUCAUAUCGCUUAAUAUUUUCAACAUAGAUUACUGAUUAAUUGUUUCCCUACACGAAUAAUAUCAUCUUACACAUUGGCUACCUGACUAUCAAAUCUUAAGUAACAAUAAUAUGGAAGUGAAACAUUUAAAAAAAAAAGUUAUUUGUGUCGACGUUCUGUAAUGAUGUAUUCGCACCUACUACGUUCAGUUAUGUUUAUCAACAUGAAAUUAUGUCAAAUUAAUUUCAUUAUAAAGAUCAUAUGUCAAUAAAAAAACACAUGGUAGGCUAGCGUACCAUGCUGUAAAUAAAUAAAACAGGAAUCUAUUUUUGUUUAACAGACAGAAUUAGAUAAUUUGUCAAAUAUCUGCCCAUAAUGUAGCUUUUGUUCGUGGUUUCAUGUUAAUAUAAUAUUUAACUCGAUUCAAUCCAUUUGUUUAUUUCGUUUCUAUUUUAAAUUGUGUUUAGUGUGUAAACUGGAAGUCUAUUCCAGAGGCAUUAGCUAAAGUGAAUAUUCUUAAGAUGAAAAUGGUUGUAUUCUUCUGAUCAUAAUUGAUUCACAUUGGUGUUAUUCUUAUACAUCCACCCCCCCCCCAUCUCUCUUUUAGCCCCUAAAUUACCCCCUUGUACUGUGUAAUACGACACGGAUAUCCAUGUUGCUGCAAUAAGUUGUAUAUAAAUCAUUAUUGUCUAGGGUGUGUUGUUUUAAGGUAGGAGUAUAUCAUUUUUCAAAAGAAAAAAAUCCAACCGAAUUUAUUCUUACAAUAAUCACCUUUGUACAGGUUAAGUUUAGCUAGGGUUUAUGCUUUAUUUCAACUAUAAAUUCAAUUGCCCGUUAUUGUCUAUAUAAAGUAUAGGUUAUUGAAAGUUCGUUCCUAAAAAUGGAACGGGAUAUAGUGCUAUAUGUCUACAUUUUCAUCCGGUGAUAUGUCAGAUCUAACGAUUUUUCUUGUUUUUGAUUGGCUGAGAAGCGCUGUUACUAUGGGUAAUGUCAAAUGAAACGCUUGACAAUCCAAACUUUUUUUUUUAUUUGCUCAAUAUUUGUUGUUUGAUCUUAUACAGCUAAUUACAAUUUUCUUCAUAAAACUAAGAAAACUAAUGUACAUAAUGAACAUUUAUAUUAUGAUAUAACAUGUAUAAUGUGAUGAUUUUAGUAUCUAUUAUUUCAAGUGUAUAUUGCAAGACGAGUAGAAACUAUACUUUUUGUUUUUAAAAUAAUAUAUUAUCAUUAUACUUUGUUGUGAAUUACUAACACUAUUGAAUAGAAAAAAAAAACAACGUUUGUUGAUGUAUAGACUUAAAUCGAGACGAAAUUAUUCUUACCUACUUGAGAGCUGAAAAUAGUCAAGUGAAAAUAGUUCGGAAAUAUCUUUCUUUACUGUGAGUUAAUGUAUUUAGUAAAUUUCGAAAAAAAAAUUGCCAAUGCAAUAUAUAGUGCGUCCCACAAAAAACGAAACCGAGAUUUAUCGAUGAUUUAUCAUAACUUAAUCACAAAUAAAAUAGACAAAUGACCUAACAUUGUAAAGCUUGGAAUUUCCUCUUUCAUCUGCAAUUACUUAAAUAAUUUUUUAUCCACGCAUGAGUGAGUAAAAACAAAUUUGAAGAGGGGAUACCAAAAAGUCAUUUGGCGGGCUGUAUCUGGGUUAAAAAAAACACGCAUUUUGAAAAAUUUCAAUAUCUGCUCUUUAAAGGAGAAUGAAACCCUUGAAACCAGCUGAAUCCAUAUCAAAGAUAAAAAUCAAAGAAACAUAUUGUUGAAAGUUUGAGGAAGAUUGAAUGAAUAAUAAGAAAGUUUGAGGAAGAUUGAAUGAAUAAUAAGAAAGUUAUGAGCAUUCGAAUAUUGAGAUCACUAGUGCCAUGUAGAUCCUCCCAACGGCAAUGUGACCAAGAUAUGUGAUAUCACACACGUACAACUCCCUCAUUACUUUAGUACUUAUUUCACUUAUAUUCUCACUUUUAUAGAGUCUCUAUCACAAGUUGAGGUGUUCUCUUUAUGAGAUGACAAGUACAGAGGUUUCACAUUAUAUAAUUGAUGAAUCGUUUGUCAUAUGAUUAGAAUGAGCAAAAAGAGAUGUUUUGGGGUAUAUUUUCGGUGUCCAAAUGGGAGAGUUGUACGUGUGUGACAUCACAGAUCUUGGUCGCAUUGCCAAUAGGAGGAUCUCCAUAGCAUUAGUGAUCUCGACAUUCAAAUGCUCAUAACUCUUUUAUUGCUAGUCCUAUUUUACUCAAAGUUUUGUUGAUCUUAUUCUUUGAUUUUUCUGCUUUCACAAAAGCUAACUUGCUCCAAGAGUUUCAUUCUCCUUUAAAUUGAUACCUCAAUUACAGAAAAUGGUCAAGAAAUAACACAGUUCUGGUUAUUUGAAAUAAGGUUUGAAUUUCAAUAAUUUCAUAAAAUAAAGAGGUUUUACAGGCUAGCCGCAGCGUUCAAACUCACUCGACACUCCGUUUUGUUGACUAUCAGCCAUGCAUUAAGUCUUUUGUUAACUGUGCGAUAGCUUCUGUGGGAAACCGGUGAAAACACGUUUAUUUAAUGAAAUUAUGGAAAUACAAGCAUUGUUUCGAGGGAACAGAACCUUUUUACUUCUUGACAAUUUUUUAAGAUUAAGGUAUCAAAUAAAAGAGCAGAUAUUGAACUUUUUAGGCAUGUGAUUUUCUUUUUGAAAUUCAGAUACCCCCGCCAAAUGAGUUUUUGGUAUCCUUUCUUCAAAUUGUUUUUGCUCACUCAUGCGUGAAUGAGGAAUGAUCUAAGUAAUAUCAGAUGAAAAAGGAUAUCCUAAGCUUUACAUUGAUA